UCAGUUUCUGUUUCUGCUUUCCGCCUCUCAGCAGACGUCAAUUCAAUAGUCUAUGUCAAUGUUCAUCACUUAAUUUUUGAGAAAAUGGACAUGGGGAACUAUGGGUUUCCUAAAUUUGAUUUUCCAAACUACAAUGAAGACUACUCCGAAGAAUCAGACUCUGAAACAUCUUUUCACUGCUCAGAGGAUUCUGAUUGCGAUAGAUUGUCCACGAGCAGUGAUAACUCCAAUGAUACAUCCAUUGACAGUGGCAAUGCCACCUUUGAUUCUGCCAUCAGUGUGCCUGAGAAAAAGUAUCAUUUAAUUUAUAAAGUCACCCUUGAAGAUGUCAGUAAUAUAGAAAUGAAUUUAGAUCUGUACGAGUACAUAUCUGUUAUUUUUCUUUUGAUUGAUGACACAAGGUACGCCCUACAGUUAAUCCGCUCUUUGAUUGCUGCUGGUCCGGAGAAUUUUUCAAGAGGUAAAUUGUAUGAAUGGGCUUGCACAUCGCCUACAAAUUGGAAAUUCAAACUGUUUGAAACUCUUGCAAUAAUUCAAAACAACAAUAGUUUGAUGAGAUUAGGUUGUUGUAUUCAAGACAUUAACAUAAAGAGGGAUGCACCCGUUUAUACAAACAGGUUUAAAAAAAUACUUUAUUCUUCUGUGUGCGAUUUUUUAAAAAGAGAACCAGCUCAAGACCUUAUUGAUCGGGUUAGACGUGAUGGUAAAUUCAAAGAAGACAUAACAUUGGACUGUGACCCAAUGUACAUGGAGUUUCACAUUUUAUUUUGGAUUUCUCAAGAAUACAUCAGUAUCAAAAAGGAGCCGUAUCUAGAUAACCUGAUGAAACAAAUUAAGUCAGCAAAUUUGUUGGACAUUUACUACAAUAUAAAUGAAGAAAUAAAGAACUUUACAGAUAAUGAGUGUGCAAAAACAUUCAAACGUAUAAUAGCCAAUGAAGAGGAAGAAGACUGUUACAAAAUCAAAGACCCCAAUAACCCUGGAUUGGUAGUUGUAGUUAACAACGCCAAGUUUUAUAACAACAUUGAAAAGAGGAAAGAAUUUGAGCAUAAACUUCCUAAACAACCUCGUCGUGAUAGGAUGGGAUCAGACAAGGAUGUUGAAAAUCUCAGUAAAACAUUUAAAAGCCUCAACUACAAUGUGGUUGUCAUAAAUGACGUUAAUCAUGACAAAAUGGUGGAUGAUAUCCGUGACACGGUUAGAAAUGAGUUUAAUGAGGUUCACCAUUCGGUGCUGGUUUUGUGUGUUCUCUCUCACGGGGAUAAAGGUAUGGUAUAUGGUGCAAACAGUGUACCCGUAAAAAAUGAAGACAUCAUCAAUAGCAUUUCUGGAUCAUCACCACUCAUCCAUUUACUAUCUGGUAUUCCCAAAGUGAUAAUCAUUCAGGCAUGUCAAGGCCCAGGAGUACUAUAUGUCAAUCCCGAGAAUGAACUGUUAGAGCCUGACAAUACUGAAACUGAUUGUCCAUCAGUGAUGACAACUGAUGACAAUCUAACCACUGACGGACCCAAUAGUUUUGAUCCAAAAGACAGAUUGGUGUGUAUGGCAACUAUCGAUGGGUUUGUUUCAAUCCGCAGCAAGAUAAAUGGUACAAAAUACAUUCAGGAGCUGUGUCGAUGUAUUGAUAAGUACCACAGAAAAAAACACUUCUUAGACAUUAUUACUAAAGUUCAUAAACAUCUUAGUAGUGAGAAAUGCAUUGUUAAAGAUGUGCAUGAGACGCAACCAAUCUGUAUGGUUCCAGUUAUGAUUUCAAAUCUUUGUAAAUCGUUGUACUUAACUCCAAAGCAUGUUCUCGGUUAGGAAUUGAAGUGGUAACAGCUUGAUGUGAACAUUUUGUAAAAUACUGAAGGUUUACACAGAACUAGACAGACAAUAGGCGAACGCUUUAAUGGUAAAUUCUUAAAGAAAUACAUUAGCGUUAAAUUACACUACAUAUUAUAGAAAGUUGUUAAGCUGGCUUGUGUAGGCCUACAUUGCUAGCUCAUGAAGUAGUGUGCUGAAACUGUUCAAAUUUUGAGGAAUUUGAAAGCUUCUCUACAGCUUUCUGUGGGACCAAGGACAAAUAGUACCCUGACAGCCUUCUUCUGAACCACCAGGAUUUUAUUUAGGUUGUUGUCAUAGGUGCCACCCCAACAAAUCAGCCCGCACCUUUUGGGAGAUUCCACCAUUGCAUAGUGCCUUAGCUGAUUCUAUUCCUCCCAUCUACAUCAUCCUUCUUAUACUGUGUGUCUUCCAAAUGAGAACUUCCUGGUUGGUUAAUGAAUGUGAUUGUUCCAUGAUGAUGAUAGGUAGCAGUUUUGUAUUUGUACAUGAUUUAAGUAUUUUAAAUAAGGCUUGAGUAUACAGCUCAACGUUUUAUUACAUUCACAUUAGAUUGAUGUAACAUCAAAGGUCUCAAAUAAGUCUCAAUCUAUGGGGAGGGGAGCUCAGGGGUGUCAUCGCUUUCCUGAUGAAAACCAAAUUUAAAAAUUACCGUAACACACCUUUGCGACAUUAGAGAAAACUAAAAUCUUAACAAAAUUGAUCUGCAUGGUUAAUGUACUAGCUAAAUCCUUACACUAGUAAUACACGAAGGAAAAAUUGUUAAAAUGUUGAUAAUUAAUUAAGAACCUAAAUAUAUAAUAAAAUGAUCACUACUAGAAAAGUGUCAAACAACAACCAGCUCCAGGAUUGCGUUUAUAUGACAAAGGUACCUCGUCAGACAAUCCUUAACAUGUAGCAAAUGUUGAUAAUUAAUUAAGAACCUAAAUAUAUAAUAAAAUGAUCACUACUAGAAAAGUGUCAAACAACCACCAGCUCCAGGAUUGCGUUUAUAUGACAAAGGUACCUCGUCAGACAAUCCUUAACAUGUAGCAAAUGUUGAUAAUUAAUUAAGAACCUAAAUAUAUAAUAAAAUGAUCACUACUAGAAAAGUGUCAAACAACUACCAGCUCCAGGAUUGCGUUUAUAUGACAAAGGUACCUCGUCAGACAAUCCUUAACAUGUAGCAAAUGUUGAUAAUUAAUUAAGAACCUAAAUAUAUAAUAAAAUGAUCACUACUAGAAAAGUGUCAAACAACCACCAGCUCCAGGAUUGCGUUUAUAUGACAAAGGUACCUCGUCAGACAAUCCUUGACAUGUAGUAGGUACCGAAUGUGCUAAAUAUGUUUUGGCGGUUAUUUCAAUAACUCCGCCAUUACAAUAAAUAUUAAUGUAGCACAUUCGAUGCCUACUACAUGUCAUGGCUUGUCUGACAAGGUAUGUUAAGCCAUUAUUUGUAGUCUACAAAACACUGUAAAAAAGAAGUUUAAGAAAAAAAUGAACAUAUUUUUGUACUAAUUUCUUUGUUAAAAUGUCUAUUAUGUUAAUAGUUCAUUAUAAUUUAUAUUGUUAAUAAAGUUUUUAAAAAACAAUUUUAUUUAUUAUA